AUGACUGCGUUGAUCGGAGAAUGGGAAGCGGUCGGGCAUGAAAAUCUGACUGCAAUUUUGGCUGAAAUAGGAACCCCGGAACAGGUACAACGUGAUGUGCAAGGAAUGCGUAUCCGAGUCACAUUGGAUAUUCAAGCCAAUGAGAUAUUUGUACGUCAGUCGUUCGACGAUAAGUCGUUUGAGAACACAUUCGUGCUGGGAAAAGAAAUGCAAGAACUGACGCCAGAUGGACGCAUUGUGUUGGCCACUGUCACUUUAGAGUCGGAUAUCAAACUGUCCCAUAAGCAGAAACAUGGCUUCACGGAAACUACGAUAAUUCGUGAACUGGUUGACGAUCAAAUGGUCACAACUUUUCGUAUUCAUGAUUCCACUGCAAAAAUCUACUACAAACGGAUUGGAGAUCCCCAGGACACGGAGAAACAUUUCCUGCACAACGUGACCGACGAGGAUGAGGAAUUUGAAAUACUUUCUGCCGAGCCCGAAUGA